CAAUUUACACUCUCUCCGUUGCUUCCAGUUUCUCAAUCGAAUUUCGGGUGCUUUUUUUUGCAAAUCGGAUCGGAAAUGGCGGAGCACGCGGAACAUACGGAUCAUCACGAAGAAUCCUUGAUGGAGAAGAUAGCUGAGAAGAUUCACCGGGCCGACAGCUCGUCUUCCUCUGAUUCUGAAUCUGAGAAAGAGCAUCCGAAGGCUGAUGUGUCGCCGUCGUCCGUUAAGGCUAAGAUUUGGCGGAUUUUCGGCCGAGAACGGCCUGUGCACAAGGUUUUCGGUGGAGGCAAACCUGCUGAUGUGUUUUUGUGGAGGAACAAGAAGAUAUCUGCUGGAGUGCUUGGUGGAGCUACUGCUGUCUGGGUUCUGUUUGAAUUGCUCGAUUACCACCUACUAACACUAGUCUGCCAUGUUUUGAUAAUUGCUCUUGCAAUCUCGUUCUUGUUGUCCAAUGCAUCAUCCUUCAUCAAUAAGUCUUCUCCCCGCAUCCCAGAAGUUCACAUUCCAGAGGAUCCCUUCCUUCAGGUUGCUGCUGCCUUGAGAAUUGAAAUUAACCGCGGUUUGGCUUUGUUGCGAGAAAUUGCAUCUGGAAGAGAUCUCAAGAUGUUUCUUGCUGUAAUUGCUGGUCUAUGGGUCCUCUCAAUUGUUGGCAGUUGGUGCAAUUUUUUGACGUUGUUCUACAUAACAUUUGUACUACUGCAUACUGUUCCAGUCAUUUACGAGAAGUAUGAAGACAAAAUUGAUCCAAUUGCCGAGAAAGCAAUGAUUGAGAUAAAGAAGCAAUAUGCAGUGUUUGAUGCAAAAGUUUUGAGUAAAAUUCCUCGAGGGCCAUUGAAGGACAAGAAGAGGGCGUGAGCAGAGAGGUAUGCAGAUGACAUCGCAACAAUGGCUGUGGGCUUUGAAAACUGUGUUGGAGUUUUAAUGUAUUUGUGUAUGAUUCCAUGACUUGUUUUUGAGUUCUUGAUAUGGAUGGAAUUGGAAGAUUGCAGAAUUAGCUUUAGCGUUUGUACUAGUGCCGUUUCAGUGCUUAUUAAAAGUAGGUGUUUUGCCAACAUACAUAUAAUCUUCUUCGUCAUUCUGUUGUAAAUGCUUUGUUCACUCUGAAUAUCUGCUACUUGAUGCUGCUGUCUUAACACUUCAGAGUUCAGAGUUGUGUUCGUUUGCCUU